AUGUCAGAAGUAGAAGAGACUCUGAAUCGUAUCAAGACGCACAAGGGCGUCUGUGGCAUUGUCAUCGUCAACAGCGAUGGCGUACCAAUCAGGUCAACUCUGGAUAGCCAGACUACUGCCCAAUACUCGGCACUGAUUUCCCAGUUGGCUGCUAAGGCCAGAUCUGUUGUCAGAGAUCUUGACCCACAGAAUGAUCUGACGUUUUUGCGGGUGAGAUCUAAAAAGCAUGAGAUUCUGGUUGCACCAGACAAAGAUUACGUGCUUAUUGUUAUACAAGACCCAAACUCAGAACAGGGAGCUUCGGCAAAUUGA